AUGCGUUCUUUAAGAGCCAUUUGCUUUCUGGCCGCUGUGUCUGCUGUGAUGCUCGGCGCUCUUUUAGCGCUCACCUCGGCUGACGCGCAGGUGGAGCUCAUCGAUGCCGGCCCGUACAAGCUGCCAGGGGAUUGCCCCGCUAAGCACCUCACUGGCGAGAACUUUGAGCACGACACUCAGGCCUCCGGUGGUAUGACAAGCGGUAACUGGCUGAUCCUGUUUGUGCCCAGCAACGAUGGCGCCACGACGGACCUUUACUCUCGACAAGCGGUGAACGAGAUCGCCAGCUUUGACGCGUUUGUGCGGAUCUCGACUGAGACACUGACCACGUAUCAAGUACUGCCUGCCUACGUUUUGUGCGACGAGAGUCCCGCUUUGUGUGGGCGGUUUAAGGUUGAGAAGUCAUCGGCGAAGCUUGUGAUCCUGAGUGCGCGCCGCAUGUAUCCGUACCCGUCGGAGCAGAUCCGCUCCGUAAACGACAUCGAGCUCUUCGUCUCCGUCUUUCGCCGCAUCGAGAGCAGCGCCAUUCCGCCCCCGCUGCCUGGUAUGACGAUGUGGGGGCAGCUCAUCUUGCUACUCGGCGGCAUCAUCGGCAUUCUUGUCCUGCAGUCGUUUGCGACGCGUCACACGAGCGCGCCGCUGCCGCCGAGCACGACUGCCUGUCGCGCCAAAACGGACUAG